UAACAUGCACACUAGUAGCGUUUGAACCAGGAGCAUCUUUAGAGUGUCUCUCACACACAUAUUUUUAACUUUAAAUAAACACUGGACAGAAGGAGCGGCAAAGUGUUUCUAAAACGAUUCGUGAAAUGCCAGCUACAACUGCACCUGUUUACUUUUGGGUAGACGCGGCUGAGCAGGACACAUUCAAUGCGUGAGAGAUGUUAGUUACCUCUUCUGAUGGUGCUGGUGGUACUCCGAGAGAAGCUCCUUUUAAAAGACAUAUAAAUGCAAACAGGAGGCACGACUGACGCUCUACGCACAUACUGGUGGUUUUUCUUUCGAUGUUCCUUUUCUUUUUUCUCUUCUUUUUUUUAACCUGGACAGGAAGUUGUCGUGGCUUCAGGGUACUACCUCAAACCCAAGAAUUCAUCGAGCUUUGCCUGGAGCCUUGGCAUUUUGGCUAAAGACAAAUUAAUUUACAAUCUUCUACAGUAUUCGACCAGAGGACCUCAUACUUGAAAAGAACCAAAGGCGCCCCACUGAAGGCUACUCUUAAGAUCAACCUAGAGACGCGGUUACAAGUGGGACUACAUCCAAAGACGAUGGUUCACUGUGCCGGCUGCGACAGGCCCAUCCUGGACCGCUUUCUGCUAAAUGUCCUGGACAGAGCUUGGCACGUCAAGUGCGUGCAGUGCUGCGAGUGUAAAUGUAAUUUAACCGAAAAAUGUUUUUCCAGGGAAGGAAAGAUCUACUGCAAAAAUGACUUCUUUAGACGCUUUGGUACCAAGUGCGCUGGCUGUGCGCAGGGAAUCUCCCCGAAUGACUUGGUCAGAAGGGCACGGAGCAAAGUAUUUCAUUUGAACUGUUUUACCUGUAUGAUGUGUAACAAGCAGUUGUCCACCGGAGAGGAACUCUAUAUCAUAGACGAAAAUAAAUUUGUGUGUAAAGAGGAUUAUCUAAGUAACAACAGUACUGUUAAAGACACAAACCUUCUCUCAGUUACAGCUUGCAGCGACCCCAGUUUAUCUCCAGAUUCUCAAGACCAGUUACAAGAUGACGUUAAAGACUCUGAAAUAGCAGCCCUUUCGGACAAAGAAGCUGUAAAUAAUGAAAACGACGACCAGAACCUCGGCGGAAAGAGGCGCGGACCCCGGACAACAAUCAAAGCCAAGCAAUUAGAGACACUAAAAGCUGCAUUCGCGGCAACCCCCAAACCCACCAGGCAUAUCAGAGAGCAGCUGGCCCAGGAGACUGGGCUCAACAUGCGGGUCAUACAGGUCUGGUUCCAGAACCGGCGAUCAAAAGAGCGGCGCAUGAAGCAGCUGAGCGCACUCGGGGCGCGGCGACACGCAUUUUUCCGCAGUCCGCGGAGGAUGAGGACCCUGGUCGACCGACUGGAGCCCGGGGAGCUCCUCCCGAAUGGGGCUUUUUCGUACUACGGAGACUACCAGAGUGAAUACUAUGGCCCAGGAAGCAAUUAUGAUUUUUUCCCCCAAGGACCCCCAUCAUCUCAAGCUCAAACCCCAGUGGACCUUCCCUUUGUGCCAUCCUCUGGACCUGCUGGCACUCCUCUCGGAGGAAUGGACCAUCCUUUGCCGGGCCACCACCCUUCCAGUGAUGUGCAGCGAUUUUCUGACAUACUUUCGCACCAUCCUGGAGACUCACCCAGCCCGGAGCCAGGCAUCCCAGGUCCCCUGCACAAUAUUUCCUCAGAGGUGUUUGGUCCAAGCCCCACUUUCACGUCUUUGUCAAUGAACAGCGGUGGAUAUGCCAACCAUUUGUCUCAUCCUCCGGCAGAAAUGAGUGAGGCUGCUGUAUGGUAGCCAUGGGAGCACGUCACGGACCAUGAGCAGCAGUGGGACUUGUAUACAUUUUACAUGGUAUUGUCCUUAAUGUACAAUAUAGACAAGUGAUAACUCAAACUGCGCUCUUACACUGCGUGCGGCUUGGACUGUAAGGCUCAGCGUCAUAUGUCAUCUGAUGCGGUUCGCUCACAGCAGCCCCAGUGAAGCUGGUCUUUUUCUACAAGAAAUAUCUGAGUCCAAGUGGAGAAGACAGAGAGAGAGAGAGAGAGAGAGCACCUUUGACAGGAUAUCCAAGAAAGGACCCAACACCAUUCACCGACCACCUACUCGCAGCAGCUGGCAUACCUGCAUGUUAGCCUGGUGAAUACUGAAACCUCUCUGCCUUCUGGGCUCGGGACACUUUAACAUGACAGUGCUUCUGAAGGUAAUCGGUGACUACGCUUUGGCAACCCAAGUGAGUUUUUAAAAUGUCCACCAAAUCUGGUCUAGUUUGCCUUCAAAAGGCAAACUAUAAAAUGUUAUGAAUGGACAGUAAAGUAUUAAUGGCAGUACAUUUGGAAUGUUAACAUUUGAAGCCUACCUGCUGUAAUAACAGAUGGCAAACACUGACAGAGAGAACUGAGAGCAGUCAACUGUUUACGUAAUUCAUUAAAUUCAGGAGUUAAAGUGUAAACCACAUUUUAAAACCUCUUGAUCCAGAACAAAAAAAAAAAAAAAAGUUUGAAGCAAGCAACCAAACUUUUCUAUUAAUUUUAUUUAUAAUGUAUGAAAACGUUUGCCAGGCUUGUGGUUCACUGUGCUAGUUUGUACAAGCUGUUGUUUACAAAAUUUAGAAAAUGACAAUAAUAAUAAUAAGAAUAAUAUUAAAAACACAAGCAAGUAGACAGUUGCCAAAUGAAACAGAGCACAAUUACUGGCAAUGUGCUUUGUACCCUCGUGCUGACAGUGUUGAAACAAAGUGUUUGUGUGUUCAAAAAAAAAAAAAAAAAAA